UUGCAGGGCGCUGCCCCCUAGCCCCGGCCCGCGCCCCUCUGCCUCCGGAAUCGGCGAGGCGGGGUGAACCGCCGCCAAGGGGGCGGCCGCUCGGUCCCAGCUCCGUCCGACCGCCGCCUGCCUGGCAGCCGCUGCGCCAUGGCUCGUUCCCCAGCUGUUCGCCCCAGUGCCUUCUCCCGCCGAGCACGUUUGUGGUGCCGCUUCACGGUGUAACGGUUGCGACGGAUACAGCGGAGCUGCGGAGCUGGAGCGGAGGCAGGGCUUAUCCUGGCCAAGCUUCUUUGAAUGCAAUGACUCAACAGCUACAGGAUGAAUUUGACAGUAGUGUGGAAAAUGCAGAAGCUUGGAUGAAGGCCAUUCAAGAGAGACUGAGAAUCAAUGACAACACCAAAGGACCUCGAUCUGCCCUAGAAGCCAGACUGAGAGAGACUGAGAAAAUACGUGCACUGGAACCAGAAGGCAGCUUGAAAAUGGACUUGGUUCUUGUGAAGGCAGAUGCUGCUCUUCGCAACAUCGGAGAGGAUAAGAAGCAUGAGGUACUAUCUAAACUGAAAGACAUUAAAGACUUGUGGGAAGAGACAGCCAUAUACAUUACUCACUGUCACAGCCGUAUUGAGUGGGUCUGGCUGCACUGGAGUGAAUACCUGAAAGCCCAAGAUGAGUUUUACAGAUGGAUUCACAACAUGAGGGUCACCUUGGAGCCAGACAUCGAAUUACAGCUUGGCUUAAAAGAGAAGCAGUGGCAGCUGAGCCAUGCUCAGGUUCUCCUGAAUGAUGUCAUAAAUCAGUCAGUCCUGCUGGAAAUGCUGCUAGAAGAAGCCGCUUCCUUGUUCAGCAGGAUAGGUGAUCCCAGUGUGGAUGAGGACGUGCAAAAGAAAAUGAGGAUGGAAUAUGAAGAAAUCAGGCAGGAAGCUGAGAGCAGAGUGAAACUGCUUGAAAAGAUAACUGAGGAACAUGAGCAGUACAGGGCCAAUGUCAGCCAGUUUCAAUCAUGGCUGAGCGGUGUGACAGAAAGAUUAAACUGCUGCAUCGGAGAAGAAGCCAAGUCUUCGGCAGAGGACAAGUUAAAGGCACUGAAGGAAAUUGCCAAAAACAUUAGGAGAGGUGGAAAGAAAUGGAAGCACCUUGAAAACCAGUGUGCAGAGGUGAUUUCAAAUACUUCCCCACUCGGAGCUGAAAGAAUGAAGGAUGAACUUGAAGAGCUACGAAAAGCCUUGGAGAAGUUGAAACUACUGAGUAGUGAGGAGGAGGAAAGAUUGCUCAAGAUCCAGCAGUCAGAAAGUGCCUAUGAGUCCCAAGCCAGACAAUUAAAGACAGACAUCCAGGAGUUGAGAAAAGAUCUCCAGAGACUACAAGAUGACCUGAUACCUGUGGAAGGGGAAAAGACUGAAGAUGAGUUUGUAGCUCUGUGGAGAAAAUGCAAUGCAAUAAGAGCAGCUCUGGCUGCAGAAGAGUCCAAGGUUGAGAGGCUGAAGGCCCAGCUUAAGGAGCUUCUACGGUUUUCCCAGGAUGUGCAGCCACAUGCUGAAAGUGUUGUCUCUGCAAUACAGCAGUAUCAAAGUGUUAGAAGCCAGACGUCUAAAAUGAGUACUGAUACAGAAGCCCAUCUGAGAAGACUAUUCCAAAAUCCCUUGCAAGAUUUUGAACAGUGGAAGCCAUCAGUCCAGAUGCUCCUGGAGACUCCAGAGCCAGCACUGGCUCACAUUGAGGCUGCUCUAACUUUAAGCUCCCAGUUCAAAGAGAAGUUGAUGACAUUACAGCUGAAGAAAGAUUUGCUAAACAAUGUCCUUGGUGAGGAACAAGCAAAGUCUUUCCUUCAAGAAGUAGCUGACGCUUCAAAGGAGAGAGAAAUUCUACACAAAAGUUUGCUGCAAAGGAAGAACAAACUCCAGAAUUUGAUAUUGCAGCAUAAGGACUUUGAUGCUGGUUUUGCACCUUUGCAGAAGAAAUUAUCUUCCAUCAAAGCCAAAUUAGAUCUAGAAAAGGAACCACGGCCUGACCUUCUGGGUAGAAAGACACAGCUCCAGAGACUUCAGAUGAUCCAAGAUGAUUUGGCAGAGCUUGCAAUUCAAAUGGAGGAGGUAGAGAAGCUUGUUCAGUCAAAUACCACACACAGGCAUGAAAUGAAUCAACUUGCAUCUGACUGUCAGGCCCUGAAGAGAUCAUUGGAGAUGAUGAUUCAGCAGAGUGAAGAGCAUGUUCAGAAGCACUGGGCAUAUAACAACAAACUCUCUGACCUCCAGCAGUGGAUCACAGUAAGCGUGGAGAAGAUGGUUUCCUACCAGGGUGCUGAUGGACAGCAGGACACUGAGGGCAGGGUGGCAGGCCUUGAGAGAUGGCUAGCUGAGUUUCCAGAUAAGGAGAUCCAGCUGCACCUUGUGGAAGCUCAUGGCCAGCUGGUCAUGGAGAAUUCUUCCCCAGAGGAGACUGCCCAUGUCCAGGAAGAGCUAGAUCAGCUGAAGGAGUCAUGGAGAACACUGAAAGAAAUGAUAGCUGGUCUUCUCAAAAAGCAGCAGCUAAAUAGACCAGUGGCUGAUAAGAAGAAAACAGCAUUUGCAGACAGCAGAUGGAUGUCAGAGCCUGCCUUCCAUGUUUUAGAUGAAGAUCCCAACCAUAAGAAGGAGAAGGCAGGAGAAGGACAAAAUGCAAGAAGCCUCAUGAAGCUCCUGCAUGACUUUGAAGAGUGGCUACAAGGAGAAAAUACUAAAUUGACCAAAAUUCUUGCUGCAACUUCAUCUUCCACAGAGGAAAUUAAAGCAUGCCAGAGCAAACUGGAGGAGCUGCAGUCUCAUGUGCCUGAUGGUCAGAGUCUCUUUGAUGACCUUUUGCAUCUCCAUUCUGUCAUUGGAAACUCUGAAGAACUGGAGGACCUGCGUUACCGAUGGAUGCUCUACAAAUCUAAACUAAAAGAGGCCAUGAGUUCACCGAGUCCUGGAACUUUGGAAGAACCUGACAGGUUAAGAAAGAAGCACCCUGGAAGUGUGUGCUCAUUCCUGCGUCGAGUGUGCUGGGUAGCACUACCAUUGCAACUACUCCUUUUGCUCUUGCUGUUUCUGGCUUUCAUCCUACCCCUGGCAGAGGACACCCACAGCUGUACACUGGCCAACAACUUUGCUCGGUCCUUCAACCUGAUGCUGAGAUACGAGCGCCCACCUCCAACCUAACUUCUGG